GUUGUUUGUCCUGAUCAACAAUCUCAAUGUCCUGAUGGUUCAACUUGUUGUAAAUUAUCUACAGGACAAUAUGGAUGCUGUCCACUGCCAAAUGCUGUAUGUUGUUCAGAUCAAAUCCACUGUUGUCCAUCAGGAACAACUUGUGAUACUGGAGCUGGUAAAUGUAACAGACAAGAUGGAACUAGUGUCAUGUGGUCCAAGAAAACAUCAUCUCAAUCUUUAAAAGUAGAAAAUGUUGUUUGUCCUGAUCAACAAUCUCAAUGUCCUGAUGGUUCAACUUGUUGUAAAUUAUCUACAGGACAAUAUGGAUGCUGUCCACUGCCAAAUGCUGUAUGUUGUUCAGAUCAAAUCCACUGUUGUCCAUCAGGAACAACUUGUGAUACUGGAGCUGGUAAAUGUAACAGACAAGAUGGAACUAGUGUCAUGUGGUCAAAGAAAACAUCAUCUCAAUCUUUAAAAGUAGAAAAUGUUGUUUGUCCUGAUCAACAAUCUCAAUGUCCUGAUGGUUCAACUUGUUGUAAAUUAUCUACAGGACAAUAUGGAUGCUGUCCACUGCCAAAUGCUGUAUGUUGUUCAGAUCAAAUCCACUGUUGUCCAUCAGGAACAACUUGUGAUACUGGAGCUGGUAAAUGUGACAGACAAGAUGGAACUAGUGUCAUGUGGUCAAAGAAAACAUCAUCUCAAUCUUUAAAAUCUGCAGAUCCAUCAAUAGAAAGUUAUGGUGUGAUGUGUCCUGAUGGAAGAUCUCAAUGUCCAAAUGAUAAUACCUGUUGUAAAUUAAAUACUGGUAACUAUGGCUGUUGUCCCUUACCAGAUGCAGUAUGCUGUUCUGAUGGAGUCCAUUGUUGCCCAAAUGGUUUAAAGUGU